UUUCGGGGCCCCCUCGGGUGGCGGCGGCCUCGUGGGAGGCGGGAGCGGCGCUGCCGUGAUGGCCCUGGAGGAGAAGCGGGAGAAGCGCCCGCCCGUCACCCCCAUGAUGAUCGAGGAGGAGGCCGCCCUGCGGAACGGCAGCCGGGGACUGACGCCGGGACCCUGGGCCGAGGCGGCGGGGCCAAGACCCCGCACCACGGAGCGACAUAUCGCCGUGCACAAGCGGCUGGUCCUGGGCUUCGCCGUCUCCAUCCUUGCGCUGCUGGCGGUGACCAUGAUCGCCGUGCUGCUCAGCGUCCGCUUCGAGGAGUGCGGCGCCGCCGCCGACGGCCCGCCGCGGGCCAGCGGCAACGGGAGCCUUUCGGGGGCGGCCCGGCAGCCACCCGGUGCGGGGCAGCCCCCCGGCCAGCCAGAGGAGGAGGCGCGGGGCGGGGAAGCGGCGGAGGAAGAGGAGGAGGAGGAGGAGGAGUGGCAGCGGCGGCAGGAGUUGCCGCCUUGGGCUCGGCCGCGGCUGCCGCGGCACCUGCGGCCGCUGCACUACAACCUGAUGCUGAGCGCCUUCAUGGAGAACUUCACCUUCAGCGGGGAGGUGAACGUGCAGCUAGAGGUGCGCAACGCCAGCCGGUACAUCGUGCUGCAUGCCCACCGCAUGCACAUCGAAGCAGUCCGCGUGGCCGAGGACAAGCUGGCCGGCGGCGUGCGGGUGGCCCGCACCUUCUUUUACCCCCAGACACAGGUGUUCGUCGUGGUCCUCAACCGCAGCCUAGAGGUGCAAAGAAGUUACAACCUCAAGAUAAUCUACAACGCCCUCAUCGAGAACGAACUGCUGGGCUUCUUCCGCAGCUCCUACGUUCUCCACGGCGAGCGAAGGUUUCUUGCUGUUACGCAGUUCUCUCCUACUCACGCCAGAAAAGCCUUUCCUUGCUUUGAUGAGCCCAUCUACAAGGCCACUUUCAAAAUCAGUAUCAGACAUCAAGCAACUUACUUGUCUUUGUCCAACAUGCCAGUUGAAACUUCUGUUUUUGAAGAAGAUGGAUGGGUUACAGAUCACUUUUCACAGACCCCUCUUAUGUCCACGUAUUACCUAGCUUGGGCAGUGUGCAAUUUUACAUACCGGGAAACUGUCACCAAGAGUGGAGUAGUUGUACGGUUAUAUGCAAGGCCUGAUGCAAUCAGAAGAGGAUCGGGGGACUAUGCUCUAAAUAUUACAAGGAGUCUCAUUGAGUUUUAUGAAGAUUAUUUUAAAGUGCCCUAUUCCCUGCCAAAAUUAGAUCUGUUAGCUGUGCCUAAGCAUCCAUAUGCUGCUAUGGAGAACUGGGGACUGAGUGUUUUUGUGGAGCAAAGGAUACUGCUAGAUCCAAGCAUUUCUUCUAUAUUAUACCUACUGGAUGUCACCAUGGUCAUUGUACAUGAGCUAUGUCAUCAGUGGUUUGGUGACCUUGUGACUCCAGUUUGGUGGGAGGACGUGUGGUUGAAAGAAGGUUUUGCUCACUAUUUUGAAUUUGUUGGGACAGACUACCUCUACCCAGGGUGGAACAUGGAAAAGCAGAGAUUUCUGACAGAUGUCCUACAUGAAGUGAUGUUGCUGGAUGGGUUGGCCAGUUCACAUCCAGUAUCCCAGGAGGUGCAGCAAGCCACAGACAUUGACAGGGUGUUUGACUGGAUUGCCUAUAAAAAGGGUGCAGCUCUAAUUAGAAUGUUGGCUAACUUUAUGGGUCACUCUGUGUUUCAAAUGGGCUUACAAGACUAUUUAACCAUUCACAAGUAUGGCAAUGCAGCCAGAAAUGAUCUCUGGAACACAUUGUCAAAGGCUUUAAAAAGGGUUGGAAAAUCGGUAAAUAUCCAAGAAGUAAUGGAUCAAUGGACACUACAGAUGGGUUAUCCUGUUAUCACUAUCUUGGGAAAUGAAACUACAGACAACAUCAUAGUCAUCUCCCAAGAGCGUUUUGUUUAUGAUAGUGAUGCUAAACCCAAGGAUCCUUCUCGUGGAGACAACAGCUACUUGUGGCAGAUUCCAUUAACAAUUGCAGUAGGAAAUACGAGCCACAUCUCAUCAGAGGCAAUUAUAUGGGUGUCUAACAAAUCAGAACACCACAGAAUUCCUGCUUUCGAAGAGGCAGGUUGGUUGCUGGGGAACAUCAACCAGACUGGCUACUUUAGAGUUAAUUAUGAUAUUAGGAAUUGGAGGCUGCUAAUUAAUCAGCUAACAAGGAACCAUGAGGUUAUCUCUGUCAGUAAUCGAGCAGGCUUAAUCGAUGAUGCAUUCAAUCUAGCCAGAGCUGGUUAUUUGCCUCAGAAUAUUCCUUUGGAGAUUAUCAGAUACCUUUCAGAGGAAAAAGAUUUUCUGCCUUGGCACGCUGCCAGCCGAGCUCUUUAUCCUCUAGAUAAAUUGCUGGACCGCACAGAAAACUACAACAUCUUCAAUGAGUAUAUUUUAAGACAAGUUGCAUCAAUGUAUCUGAAGCUUGGAUGGCCAAUGAACAAUUUAAACAAAUCACUUGUUCAAGCAUCCUACCAACAUGAAGAGUUGCGUCGGGAAGUCAUCAUGUUGGCCUGCAGCUUUGGUAACAAACACUGUCACCAGCAGGCUGCAACAUUAAUCUCAGAUUGGAUUUCUAGCAAUAGGAACCGAAUCCCACUCAAUGUGAGAGACAUUGUCUACUGUACAGGAGUUUCACUGAUGGAUGAAGAUGUAUGGGAGUUCAUUUGGAUGAAAUUUCAUUCCACCACAGCAGUGUCUGAGAAGAAAAUAUUAUUAGAAGCCUUAACUUGCAGUGAUGACAGAAACUUGCUCAACAGACUUUUGAAUUUGUCUCUCAACUCAGAAGUUGUCCUGGAUCAGGAUGCAAUUGAUGUGAUAAUCCACGUAGCUCGAAAUCCACAUGGAAGGGAUCUUGCUUGGAAAUUUUUCAGAGAAAAAUGGAAAAUAUUGAAUGCUAGGUAUGGAGAAGCAUUAUUUAUGAAUUCAAAGCUUGUCAGUGGGGUCACAGAAUUCCUCAAUACUGAAGGAGAACUAAGAGAGCUAAAGAACUUUAUAAAGAGUUAUGAAGGGGGAGCUGCUGUCUCUUUCUCUCGCGCCGUGGAAACUGUAGAAGCCAAUGUGCGGUGGCAAAGGCUUUAUAAGGAAGAACUAUUCCACUGGCUAAGAAAAUCCUUGACACACUAAUCUGUCUUUUCAGCCAACCAUUUAACAUGACACACUGCAAGAAGAAGAGGAGACAUUUUAGAAGUGUUCAACAUGAAAAUCAGCAAGACAAGAUCAGAUUGCAGGGAUAAGGGAUUUUUUCUUUUUUCAUUGUGGUUUUUAUUUUUACACUGAACUCUUGUGAAAUUGUCAAGAAGAUUUUCAGCAGACAAGAUCAUGAAUGUUUGUGAAAUCUAGUCCUCAAUGUACAGAACCAAACAUGAUAUUAAGUGAUGCAUGUAAAUGUUGAAGAAAAACAAACAAAAAAUCCUUCAUAGACUAUUUUGUGCAUGCUUGUACUGUCUCUGCCUGUAUUUUAGCAUGCUUAUGUAAACAGCCACAUUUUAUAUGUGAGUUCCAGUUACAUCAAAGUUGGGCAUUAUACAAAGCACAAAGACUCUAUGACAAUCAGUAUUUUGAUGAACAAAGGGAAAGCAAGGAAAAGGAAAUGCAGAAGGCUUCCAGCUUGGGGCAGUAUGAGAUGUAAAGUCAACUUUCCUGCUCUCUGCCAACUCAUCUACCACUCAGAUUGUCUCUUAAUGAUUACAAGGAUACCAGCUCAUUUUUUGAGUUGCCAGUUGUUCCUGCAGUUGCCAUAUUCCUGUAUUUAAAUAAGCAAAAUAGUGAGAGAGAGGAGAAAGAGAAAGGGUCGAGGAGGGGCAUUAGAGAGAGAAAAUGAGGACAUCAUCCUUGCAUUAUAAUCAUGUAUAUUUGUUCACUGCUGAUCAGUGAAACAGUGUAGUUUUAGCUGUGACUGUGUGCAGUGUUGGACAGGAACUUCGCAUUUAUUUCACAGAAUCCACGAACCACCUCUUCUCAGCUAUUUUACAAGGCACUGAUACUCACAAUGGGUCACCCAUGUUACCCAACCUGUGUAGUAGUAAGUUUUGUAGCUGAUAGUGCACAAGUAUUAUAAAUAAACAUAAGAUUCAAAAGGAAAUUAGCGAAAAAGGGAGAAUAUCUUGCAUGCAAAGACUUAAAAUUACCCAAGAGGGCUGUCUUGCAUGUGGUAGACCAGCCUUUGUAGUGAUUUAUUACGAUAGACAGGUCAGAUUCUCUAUGUGGGCAAUACUUCUGCAAAUAUGGAAUGUACCAUUUAUGCCAUCAUAGAAAAGUGAAAUAUGGAGAAAGUGAGGUGUGUGUAUGUGUGUUUAUUUGUACUGAGUAAUAUUGAGAACAUGGUUUUCUUUCUCUUCCCUUAUAUUCCACAUAGACUGUUGUAGAUGGGUGAUGGUUUUCUUAAUCACGUUUGUUUCUUCUUAAUCCUUAAUCUGACAGAUCAGUAACCCAGUGGAGUUGUACAAUGACUAUCUACGCCACUGAACCUAAACGUUGAGGAUAAAAGUGAUGGGGGCCAAAAUCUCUCUCAUGUCUACAUUGUGGAGGAAAAAACCACAGAGUUACAGAGUUUUCAGGAGGCAGAUUACAGCAGCUUCAGAGGUAGAAUGUAAAUGUGCAACAGUGUUUCUUUAUCCCAUUCCUGCCUACACCAACCAUCUGAGCACAUCUUGGCCCUGUACAUUGGGAACAUGUGGCCAACCAAAGUAGAGAGCAGCCAUUUUAUCUGGUUGUUUCCUUCACAAAGCAUGGAAGUUAGCAACACGCUUUACAGUUGCAGUUGCUUAUCCCCAGAAAGUUGUUAUUUGAAACAUUACUGCCAAAAGAACUAAACUCAAGCAUCUUCAGAUAUUUUCAGAAUUGUGUGGAGACAGUAUUUUUUUCUGGGCUCUCAUUCCUGUUGUAGUCUGCUCCUCAAGAACUAGUAGACCCAUUCCAUAACUAAGCUGUCAUACCCAUCUUGCGCCUGUCAUUGUGUACCUUUAACUGUGCAGAGGGUGUUGUUUGUGGAUUGCGUGGUGUAUGAAAUCCUUACGUGGGCUUUUUUUUUAGCUGUUCAGUGCCGUGUAGUACGUUAGGUUGGCUCACAUAACCAAAAGAAGAGGGAAUCCUGUGCUCUUGUACUGGUAACUCUUUGCCUUAUAGUAAGCCCUAAACCUUUGUGCUAUGUUCCAGUGCUAGUGAGCCUAAUACCCAGAGACAUUGUCUCAAAACUGAGUGAAAUCUUCCUCCUCCUAUGUAUUUUACCUACCUCACAGGGCUGUUGUGAGGCUUGACUAAUGUUAGCAAAGCACUUGAAUAUCCUCUGAUAAAAGGCAUUUAAAAGUGCAAAGUAUUAUUUUAUAUGGUUGACCAAACUCAACCUCAAUGCCAGUAUGUAGCAUCACAUUUUUAAUUUCUCCUAAGACAAAUCACAUGCAGAUUUUUUUGUAAUAAAAAAGCAAGCCAAAUACUAUUUAAUAUAACCUCUACCCUAUAAUGAAGGCCAAAAUGAUGAUAUCCAAAGAGUAUUCAGAAAACCAAGACCUCAAACAUGAAUAGCUUUGAGGAUUUCAGUGAACAGAAGUGUGAAAUGGUCUGUCCCUUUACAAUUUUAUUCCAUAUUGUCUUUGAUGACUUUUCUUUUUCAGAACCACAGAUUAAACCACAUAUCUUCAGGAUGUGCAUAAAAGUUUCUGGUCUUCCCACUGAUAAAGGACAGGCUAACAAUAUAUUCCAAAGUCAAAAUACACAGCCUGUGUAUUUUGCACAGUGCACAGAAAUUUCCACUCUUGAUCAUUUGAAUUGAAGUUCUUGCACACUUAGCUGGUGUUGGAUGUACAUUAAUGUUUUAGUGGCCUUGAGCAACUGGUCUGCCACAGAUAUCAAGCCCUAAAUGAAUAUAUUAUACGUACCUAUUCAUGUGUUGCUUAUAAUUGUUGUAUUCUAGGAAUGUUGGUAUUAUUUCUCUAACUAAGGUUCAGCUGACUUUUCCAUUAUAAUUCUCUAUUAUUUUAUUUUUUAUAUUCUGUAUUUUGCUGUUUCACAUUGAAUCAGGAUUAAAUUUAAAUGGAUUAAAUCCAGCAAAAUUAAAACUGUUUUCUACGAUAUUCAAACCCUGCAUUUGUUUAUAUGCCUUUAGAGACUUUUCUUUUAAUAACAAGUUCCUCACAGCUGUGUGUUAAAGAACAGUUGAUUCCUCAUGGAAAACUCUAAUACAGUCUGCCUAGAAAAUCUAUUUAUUUUAUUGAUUUUCUUUCUCCUUUACCAGUCCUUUUCUUCCUUUGUCCUUAUCUAAAGAUAAGGAAGCCAAAUAUUCCAAACAUUUCAGCAUUUUUUAAUCCAGGAUUUUACGUUAUCCUUUCCAAUGAGAGGAGAUCUUGCAAAAUGUGAAUGCAGUGUGGACAUGACCUCACCUAGGCCCUGCGUUCAUUUUAUAGAGAUUUGAUGAGGCUUGAAUCUAUAAUCAGCCUUCGUAUGACUCAGGAUCCUUUGCAGUUAUUAAUUGAUAUGUCAUCCUAAAUCAUAUAGGAAGACAUAUGAAUAGACAUGAUUCUAUGCCAGCAUAACAAAAUGUCUAUUGUAUUUUUAUAAAAUUGUCAACUACAAAUAUCUCGACCUAUUAUUUUGUAGCUGGUAGAAUAAUUCAUGUAUCCAUUGCUAAUAGCUGUUAAAAUGUUAGUAGCUACUAAUUGUGACUAGGACAGAACAAUGUGAAAACAUUCUUCUGAAAUGAAAUGUCUCUUCUGCUAUUACUGGGAGUACUUGGACAUUUAUUAUGAUAAAAAAACUUUGUGUCUUCUCCAGUACAUCCAAAUCUGUGACCUUUGAUGAUCUUUUCAGUGAAUAUAGCAAGAAUUCCAGUACUAUGUUAGAAACUGAAGAUGAAUUUCGUGUAGCUUUUGGUCUGUUGUGGAUAUUUCACUGAGAUUUAGAGUGCCAAAGGAAACAUAUCUAAUGAUGCAGAAGGUUACUUGCACAGCAAAGAUCCUGAACCAUACAAUUAAAUCUUUAGUAAUAAAGUAUAAAAAAAAUGAAAAUUAUAUAUAUUAUGUGUGUGUGUUAGUGUGUGAAUGUGAAAAAUCCUCCAUAGAGAUAUUUUUCCCAUAAAAAUUUAAUUAUUUGGAUAGAAUUAAGUGAAGCCAGUAAUUGCAGGUGAGGGUGCCUUUGUUUAGAAACCUGCAUCAUAAGGUUUGGUUUUCCACAUGAUCAUAGCUGAUACUGAAAAUAGACUUUGAGUCAAAUGUGCAACUUUUCCUUUGAGGAAAAUGGCUGUGGCUUUGAAAAUGGUUUAUGUAUAUAAUCUACUUAACACCACUCCUGUUACAAAUACUCACCAUAUCAGGCUGCCUGCCUUAAUCAGGGUAUAUAGGCACAGUGUCAGUAUGAGCAUGAAAGAGUAAAAGGACCAUCCAGCUGUGGAGCAGCCUGAAGAGAGUCUGUUUGCCCAGCUGUGGAUGAAGCAGUCAGAAAAGUGCUGGAUGUGUUACCUGCCACUGCCACGAGACCACCUGGGUUAGGAAGCCAUCUGGGAACCACCGAAAUGCAGAGAGGUUCCAUCGAACUCUCUUUCAGCUGUUUGGGAGGGACAGAAGGUCCCUUUGCGGGGUACAGGUUGUGGGUGAUCUUCAGAGAUGAAUAUGAUUGCCCUGUGCUAGCAGGAAGCAAAAUAUAUGUAAAAGUCUACAAUAUUUUAGUGUCUGUUCUUCAGAAGUAAUUUCAAACAGUCAAAAAUUAUUUUUCAGAUAUAAAUAGGAACAUAGACACUCUUUUCCUUUCCAUGCUGAUAUGAGUAAUUUUGUUUACAGUGGGAAGGAAGGGGAAGAAGGAUUUUUCACCAAAGGCCACAUGCCCUAAUUGGAGCAGAAUUUUAAAAUCAAGUAUAUUUCGAAGAAUCUGGUUCCACUUAGUUCUAUCUUGUGUCUAUGCUGACAGUGAGGAUUCUGAGCUUGACCUCAGAAUAUAGUAAUACAACUGAGGUUGGAAUUUAUAAAAGACAUAUGGAGCUAUUGAGAUGUGUUUAAGGAGAAUCACCCAAUGAGCAAGUGCUGUGGAUCAGACCAAAUGUGCUUUCUCAGAAGAAAAGGCCCUUAAAUUUGACUGAUUUGUAACUAGCAAAGUAAGUCUGACCUUGCCAAAUAGUAUUUCAGAAUGCUUUGCUUAUUUUGUGUGCACCAUUUCCUAAGAAUAUCAGUGUUGUUGGUAAAGAACACGGAGGUGAGCAGCUUUGUGAGAGCAGAGGGGCUGUACUGCAGCAGACAGUCAUGAGCCAGGAGACUUUUGCUAGAGUGCCCCAACAUUUUCUGGGUAGCAUCACUUAGAUCUGCCUGAUAAGGAUAGCCUUGAUACAACAGAUCAUGCCAAGAGCCAAAAUGCAGUCUCAAUUCUCUGUGUUAUGUUUCACUCCACUUAAUAUGUUCAUUUAUGUAAUUUCAGAGUAAUCUGUAGCCAAACUGACAGCACGUGUGUGGCUGCAGAUCCUCUGUUGGUGCAGUGAGGUAGACCCCUUGAAGUGACUAAUGUGAAUUAAAGCUGAGGAUCUAACCCACUGGUCUCAAAACAGCCCCCCGAGGUGAUGGCUCGGCUGGUGUACAGGAUCUUUUGUGUAUUUGUAUCUAACUUUCAGUAGCACAUAUUGGAUGAUAAAUGUUUUUUGUUUUCCUUUGGUUUUCAUUAGAAUAAUACUUUGUGAUUGGUUCCAAUGUGAUAAAGUUUUAUAAUAUUUUUUGACAACUGUAAAAUACUGUACUGUGAAGAGUGUGGCUACUACCCUCUCUUUUUCCUGCAAACAAUAGAUUUCAGCAGAGAUGGAUUUCCCUGGACUUAGACACUCUGCAAAAAAAAAAAAAAAUUCUGACAGUGUCUGAUGGAAAAAUCAUUGUAAUUACUGUAUAACUACCCUGUACAAAGACAGCUUUAUUAUAUGUGUAAAUGUAAUUUUGCUAUGUUGCUGUUAUGUUCACAAGACAACAGGCUUCAGUGUGGGUGAGACACAGAGCCUUAUAAAAACAGAGAUUGUAGCUUCUUGUCUGAUGUUUUGUUGAAAGGUGUCUAGUUGCUCUAUUUUUGCAGAAGAUAAACAUAAAUCAGUUCUCUGAAAACUAAUGAUCUAUUCCACUACACACAUGUCCAUGACAUAAAUGGAUCAUACUAUUGAAAAUAAAGGUUUGGUGAUAAAUUUCCUUCUUUUCCCAAGACACUCCACAUGUAAGAUCUUUUGACACUUUAAGAAGAAAGAAGUCAUCCUGCAGCUGUUAAUGCUGGUUAUAAUGGAUGAGUCUUCUGUUAAUUCUGUCUCAGCCUUAGAUUAAUUCUAAAUACUCUAAUUAGAAGAACAUAUUUUUCCAUCACUUCUCAAAUCUGUAUUCUUUGGAAUUCAGUUCUUUGUCAAGUAAGAGGUGGAAUUGGUUCAGUUUAGAUACAGUUCACAAAUGGUUUCACACAAAUGUCUGUUUGCCAGAUCAGAAUGUUGCUUUCAUAUAAAGAAAAUAUAGAUGAUUGUGUAAUAUCACAUUUUUCUCUCUAUGUACCAUAGAUAUGUGCAUGUAUAGCUUCUAGUUCUGGAUAUUUUGCUUUGACAAAGCAUUCAUUGAUUAUUUGUAUUUAUAGAUCUUACUCAAAAAGUUUCAACUCAGCAAAACAGUUGGAUGUAAGGCAGGAUGUGAGGCUGCGUUGACCAAGACUCAACCAAAUAUGUAGGCAUUUAGGUAGGACCACUGAUGUCUGUGGGAUUAAUCAUGUGCUUCAGAUUAAUGAAUACUCAUUGCAACCUCAUGCAUAUGGCUGAACUAGUCUUUCUGGAAAGUGAUUUAAGUGGAAACCUGUUUCUGCACAGGUUUCAGGUGCAGGAUAUGGUGAUGUUUUGCUGAAUUUAAAAUCACAACUUAACUUCAUAUAGAGCCAACUGCUCUCCUCUCUAAUUUUUUUUAAUGGAAAACCAUAUUUUUCAUAUAAAGGGGAGAUGUUUACUGAUUCUCAGUAUAUCUAAAAUGCCAGAUUCAACAAAAAUUUUCAUUUGUUUGGAGCAUCCUAGGAUUUUUAAAUAAAAGCAGAAUUAUUCUUACAAUGUUAAUUAAUGAAUAUAGCACUAAUCAUAAUGAAUAUAGAACUAAUCCACAAUUGAAACCAUUAGCCAAAUAAAAUAUAUGAUUCUGUUUCAGUUUAACAGAACAGUGUUUUCUGUUAUAUGCCUUUAAAAUGACUACAUAAAUAUGGGACCACUAUAUGUUCAACAUAAAAUUUUUAUUCCACUCUAAGGACUGACUAAAUGGAUUUUUUUUAAAGAGGAAUGUUAUCUUCUGUAUUUUAAGCAGAAAAAAAUUGAAUUUUUUCUCUGAUAAUAAAAUUUUGUAUAGUAA